AUGGCUCCAAGUCUUCACCGGGUCAUAUAUAAGUCUGCACUGUUGAGGCUGCAAAACUUACUGGCCCUUGAGACAAUCAAUGUUAACUAUACUGGAGAUCCCCUCAGUCUUCAGGAAAUCAAACACUCCUCCAGAGCAAAUGCGCUCCCCUCAGUUGAUGUAGUGUCGCACCCAACUGCUCGACUUCUUCAGGAUGUAGUGUGUUGCACCCAACUGCUCGACUUCUUCAGGAAAUCCUCCAGAGCAAAUGCGCUCACUGGUCCUUGA